UUUACAACUGCGCGGCGUAAAUAUAUCUUUGAGAGCAAAAUUCGGCUCAUACCAAUUUGACGUCGCUUUCAAAGGCAUUUUUAUCUCUCAAGAGUGUGACAUCUGACGAGUGCAAGUCAUCAUCGAUGGCCGCCACGACGACGGCAAUUUGCGUGGCCGCUGCGGCCGCCGGCGGUGCCAUUCUUUGGAUUGUACGAAAGUAUCGCGAAUGGCAGUGGGGCCGCUGCAGGUCCCGCCGCACCCUCGAAGGUCUCGUCUGCAUUGUAACGGGGGCGAAUGCAGGCAUCGGACGCGAAGUUGCCAAGGACCUGGCUCGCAGGAAGGCCAGGGUCGUGGUGGCCUGCAGGAACAUGGACAAUGCCAGGAAGGCCAUAGAGGACAUCAGAAGAGAGGGCGUCCGAUCUGGAGAGCUGAUCCCUAUGAAACUUGACUUGGCGUCCCUGGAGUCUGUCAGGGCCUUCAGCAAAGAGGUUCUUGACCAGUUCAGUGAAAUCAAUGUGCUGGUCAACAACGCUGGAGUCUACAUUCCGAUGGCCGAGAAACAAAAGACCUCUGACGGAUUCGAGAUCCACUUUGGAGUUAAUCACCUUGGUCACUUCCUGCUGACCAACCUUCUUCUUGACACAAUAAAAAAGUCAAAGCCGAGCCGCAUCGUCACCGUGUCUUCGUCACUGCACGAAAAGGGCCAAAUCGACUUUGACAAUUUGCAGCUUGAGGACAUGAGCCACAUUGAUCCCAAGAAGAGUCGUUUCAACCCUGGCUACUGCAAUUCUAAACUGGCAAACGCCCUAUUCAGCCAUGAACUGGCUAAGCGCUUACCCGAGGGCGUUUCGACUUACGCUGUCUGCCCUGGUUUCACCCUGACCAACUUGUUCAAAAGCUUCAAGCCUAAAUUUUAUCACUACAUCAUGUUCUCCCCUGUCAUGUUUUGGUAUAUGAGGGGUGCUAGCCAGGGAGCGCAAGGUGUGAUCAACUGCGCUGUUGCCGAAGAACUCGAAGGUCAAUCUGGUCUUUUCUACAAGGAUUGCAAGGUGUACCAAAGCAAGGCUGACUUCAGCCCUGAAAUAACUGAAAAGCUGUGGCAGGUUAGCGAAGAGAUGGUUGGUAUUAAAUAAAAUAAUGUCAUGUCUAGAACUGAUUAGGAAUUUUUUCCAAUUAAUUUUCUAUAGAUUAUAGAAAGCUUUUUUUAUCUAGUGAUGUAAAUAGUAAAAUAAAUUGAGGCACAAAUUUUUAUCCA